UUCCUGAUUCACCUGUUCAGUAUAUAGUCGACUAGAAAUUCCUUGGUUUGAAAAACACACCAUUUAAUAAUAUGCAUAUUGGAACUUUGGGGAUUAAUUGGGCCUUCUUCACCUGUAUUGUAACUAGUGGGUAUGAUGAUUUAUCAGCAAAUAAGAUCGCUAAGCAGUACAAAACGUCAACUAGCUGCCCAGCGUGUGUUGCUAUUAAUGCUGUCGAUAGAAAAAUACAAACCUGUACAAGAAUGGAAGAAAUUGGAAUUACUUCACAGGAUAAGAGUACCUGGUGGCAUGUUGACCUUGGGGAUAGAUACAAUGUGUACAAUAUCAGGAUACAGUUUAAAAACUAUGAUGGGUAUUCCCAAAGACAGAGGGGUCGUUUUGCCGGGUUUUCGUUGUAUGUGUCUAACACUACUGACAGACACGACGGAUACCUCUGUUACAAGGACGGACCAGUGUUACCUCUCUUGGAUUUCAAUACAAACUGUAUAACAAACGGACGAUACGUUAUAUUUUACAAUGAGAGGCAACCUAGGACAACCUAUCCUUCAGAUUACGUAAAAAAUUCAGUUUUUAUGGAGUUGUGUGAAGUAACGGUGACAGGAUGUAAAAAGCUUGAUGUUUAUGGCAAUAACUGCGACAAGCCCUGUACAGACAAUUGUCCGGAAACAAGAUGUAACAUUUCUAAUGGAGCCUGUUUCAGUUGUGGACCUGGAUGGAUAGGAGAUUUCUGUAAAACUAAGUGUGAAUCUGGAUUUUACGGCUUCAGUUGUGUGCUACCAUGCGGUGGAUAUUGUAAAGACAACAAACCAUGUAAUCAUAUCAACGGGACGUGUAGCAAUGGAUGUUUAGAUGGAUGGAUUGGAGUUAACUGCAACAAACAAUGUCCACCGGGUAAAUAUGGCCCAGCAUGUCUAUAUAGUUGCACUGGACAUUGCUUAAAUGAUAAAGCAUGUAACAUAACAACAGGAAGAUGUGAUGCUGGCUGUAAACCUGGAUACACGGGCGAUAUGUGUGACACAGGUUGUGAAAAUGAAAAAAAUUGUACAAAUCAGUGUAAUGGACACUGUUCAAAUAAUCUUCCUUGCAAUUCAUCAAAUGGACUUUGCUCUAAUGGUUGUGCGCCAGGAUAUGUAGGAAUGUUCUGCAACACUACGUGUUUUUCUGGAACCUAUGGACCUAACUGUGAACGGAAUUGUUCUGCUGUUUGCGAUGAAAGUAUAUGUAAUUUUGUCGACGGAUCAUGUCCUUGCAAAGAUGAGCAGAAUGGAUAUCAAUACUGUAAUGAAAAAACAACCAAAACUCUCGAAAAGGAAUCUAGCAAUGCAGGAGCGAUAGCAGGGGGAGUAAUAGGGGCCUGUGUUGUUCUAAUAAUUUUUGCUGGGAUACUGUUUCUAAGGUUGAGAAACAAUACUAGCAAGAAAUCCAAGAAAGAAACGAAGAGUGUAGGAUUUUCUAAUAUGGACGAAACAUUAAUAAAACCUGAACGUAAGCGAGCUGACAAGAAUGGAAACCAUAAUGCACAAUUUACUACCGAAACUACAGAGAAAGUUGGAAAUAAAAAAACUAAAUCAUCCAAAACAUCUAUGAGCAUAGAAACUUUAAUGAAAAAUUUCAAUGUAAUCAACAAUACAAAACUGGAUGAAGAAUACAAGGCAAUUGCAAGAGGAGAGUUACAUCCAUGCUCUGAAGGAAAACGACAAGAAAACUUGUCGAAGAAUAAAUACACUACGAUAUUUCCUUAUGACCAUUCCCGUGUUGUACUCGACACCUCGACAAAUGAAUCGGACUACAUAAACGCCAACUAUAUUGAGGAUGUGUUUGGAAAGAAAUCUUACAUAGCAACACAAGGACCAAAAAAAAGUACCGUCGUUGAUUUCUGGAGAAUGGUGUGGCAAGAAAACACAAGAAUCAUUGUUUGUUUCACAAAUACCAACGAGGCCAAUUCUAAAAAAAUUGCAAAGUACUGGCCAGACCAUAACGAUACUAAAACGAAUGGCAACAUUACCAUUCGGUGUCAAACAGAGAGAAUAUAUGCCGAGCAUGUCAUAAGACACCUUAGAGUACACACAAGUUCCGAUAAGACAGAGCGAGACGUGUUUAUGUUCCACUACACACAAUGGCCAGAUCACGGGGUCCCAGAACCACUCAGUCUAGUAGUGUUCCAUCGUCACGUGAUGAAAACUGCAGAGGAACAUCCUCAGGGAUGCAUCGUUGUCAACUGCAGUGGAGGAACGGGCAGAACUGGAACCUUUAUAGCACUAGAUGCGUUGUAUAAGGAAGGAGAUAAAACUGGAAAAGUGAACGUUCCUACGUAUGUUGAGAGGAUGAGAAAUGCCAGGAUGAACAUGAUCCAAGCAGAGGAUCAGUACAAACUAGUGUACCUGACGUUACGAGAGUCUUUUAGAGGAAGACCACGUACUAUAUUAUCAACAAAAUUUCUACAAGAAUUUCAGGAUUCCUGUGGUAUCAAAGGUACUGGCAACACGUAUCCCAUUGUGGUGGAGUUUGAGGAACUUUUGUCUGUGAGAAAAGAAUACACACAAGAAGAUUAUAAAUCAGGACGUUUAAACAUAUCGGCGAAUUAUGUGCCAAGUGUCUUACCAGUUGAAUGCUACCUUUGUCCGUUAACCAACACGAAAAAUAAAAACACCUAUUACAACGCAGUCUCUUUACAGUCGUUUACAAUAACCGACCGAUUUAUCAGUGCCCAGUUUCCUCUCCCAGACUACACAGAAGACUUCCUGAGACUUGUGGAAGCCUACUACACUCCUACCAUUGUAUCCCUUUAUUCUUUAAUGGAGGUGGAAUCGACUUCUCUCUGGCUUCCAACAAAGCAUGAAAGCAGAACGGUGGGGUCAUUUAUCACAGCCAUUUCUGAGAAAUCAAAGACUAAAUCCAUAGCCAGGACUAACAUUACGUUGCAGCACAAGGGAGGUGGAAGCAUGCCAGUUACUAUACUUGAGUGUAGACAGUGGAAAGAGAAUGAAAUCGAAAAUGCCAGCAUAUUAGUUAACCUAAUACAAGAUACAAAGAAGGAAGAAAUGGCUUAUCCUGAUGGAAGAAUUUUAGUUCUCUCUAGUGAUGGUGCCAAACGGUGUGGUUCAUUCUGUGCUGUAUUUAACGCCCUGGAACAAAUGAUGAUGGACGAAGAAGUGGAUUUGUUCACCAUCACACGACAGCUUCAGACACGGAGACCAGAGUUCUUAUCAAGUCUGGAGGAAUAUCAACUGUGUUACGGUGCGGUAGCAGAAUAUUUACAGAAUGACAGUGUUUAUGCGAACGCCUAGAUGCUGUACCGCAUGUGUACACCGUGAAACAUUUUAUCAAUCAAGGAUUCCAAAUUAAAUGGACGUAGUAUGAUGAAAAUGCAAUAAGGCUAGAUUUUACACAAUGAACCGGUACAUGGGUUUUGAAGACUGCAUAUUUAAGAUUUGUGUACAGCUCAUAUUGAAACAAACGCAUCAAUCAAAAAGUUCGUUAUGAUUACAUGUAUGACGAUGAUUUCUAAAUGAUUAAAUGAAAAAACUUUAAUGUUAAACAUAUAUUUUUUAAAAUUUGCAUACUAAGUAUUGUAAAUUCGGAAAAUGAAUAGUGUUUAUUUGAUGGUUGUAAACGAUUUAUUUGCCUUAUUUAAGUUUUGUAACGAUGAAUAAUUUUAAAAUGAUUCGAGUUUACUGAUUGAGUAAAUAUAAGUAAUGCUUGAGCUUUGUCAAUGUAGAAUUUUCGUAGUCAUUCAUUUUUAUAACAAACUUCAUUAGAAGAUACCAUUUUAAGCUUACAUUUUUAAUAAAUAAUCUACUUGAUCAUGAAUAAUUUAACAAAAUCUACUUUGAUUGAAAUUUAUUUGACAAUGUUUUGAAAAUUCUAUUUUCAUUUUGGUAUUACAAAUGUUUUCAAAUAUUCUGUAACUUCAUGAGAUCAAUGCGUAUUACAUAAAAACUGUUUAGAACAUUAAAUAAAUCCAGUCAUUGUCUAUAAUUAGUUCUGAAAACAUGCUUAUCGUUAUAUAAGACGCGCCUCGUGUCUUUUCAUUGUCAAAACAUAGUUAGAGAUCGCAUGCUCAUUUACAUUGAUUUCCAUUUCUACUCGCAUGAAAAAAGUGUUAUUCACUGAAGUUUGAAUAAAUUAAGAAGAAUUUGAG